AUGUCACGACGCCCCGACCUCGGAUACAUCGACCAGAACGCCGAGGAAGUCUCAGUGGCCCCGGCGCCUGAUGACCUUACGGGUGCCGCCACAGCAGAGCAAGACGAUCAGUCGAGCGGGUCUAGCGUCGAGGAGGAAUCAGAGGGCGAACCUUUUCCCGAUAUAGAAUACGAAGUUAGGCAAGGGCACAUUGAUCCGUUCGAUUAUGAGGAGGAUGAGGAAGAUGAUGACUGGGAUGUCGAAGGCGAAGAUUGGGAGCUGGCCAAUGGAGAUUUCACAAAACAGUAUAAUCGAGUGCGGCAGCAGCAUGCUGCAGGAUCCGGUUCAGUCCCGCUCCCUGCUCGUAAUGCUCCCCAGAAGAGUGUGCCCGCCAAGACAAAAACCCAGGGUAACAAUAUAUCGCUCAAAACAGGUGUGGCGACCAAUCCAAAAGCCGCUCAGGACAAGCACGAUAAAGACAAAAGCGACAGAGCAACGCAGGAUCAAGUCUUGGACUCGCGUACCCGUUUGGUUUUGGCGGGUCUUGUGAAUCGUGGGGUAAUCGGCAAAAUCGACCGAUGUAUAAGUACCGGCAAAGAAGCAAACGUGUACUUUUCUCCGCCCUCUCGCGUGGUCAAAAUCUACCGGACAUCCAUCCUCGUCUUCCGUUCGCGUCAGAACUACAUCGUCGGCGAGCAGCGUUUCAAGGGAGAGUAUACCUCAUCGAAAAAUCCCCGCAAGAUGAUUCGAGUCUGGGCUGAGAAGGAGCUGCGGAAUCUCAAACGUCUCGCUCAAGGAGGCGUUAGAGCCCCCGUGGUUCACGAGUGCAAGGAAAAUGUCUUGGUCAUGGAUUAUCUUGGUGUUGGCGAAGAAGCGGCGCCUCGUCUCAAAGAUGCCGAGCUCCUCACAGAAUCGCUACCUGGACUCUACGCAGAGCUGAUGGUCGCCACAAGAAGGAUGUACCAGAGAUGUCAUCUAGUGCACGCGGACUUGAGCGAGUACAACAUCCUUGUACAUGAGGGUCAUCUUGUCAUCAUCGACGUAUCCCAAUCCGUCGAACACGACCAUCCCAAUGCGUUUGACUUUUUGCGAUCUGACCUCUCCAAUGUCGAGGAGUUUUUUGGGCGGCGUGGUACGAGUACGCUGGGACUACGCCGAUCCUGGGAGUUUGUAGUCACGGAGAAUAUCGGUCUCUCCCCCGAGGAAGAGGUCGGAGACGAUGGCGAGAAGCGACUCGCUGCUAUAGUAGCGGAAUGGGCAACGGAGCCCUCCGACAAAGCCGACGAUGCGGUGUUUAUGGAAUCAUACAUCCCUCGUACUCUUGCAGAAGUUUACGACGCAGAGAGAGACGUUGAUGUACUCAAGAGCGGAGGCGGUGACGACUUGAUCUACGCGGGUAUCACCGGAUUGAAGUUGUCACCAACGCCUAAUCCACCGACCAAGAAUGUGAGAUUCGAGGACGGUAUUGCCGCAGGGGCAUCAGAAGACGAGGGAGAAGGCGGUAACAGUGAGGAUGAGGAUGAGGACGGCGACAAGAAACCGCGGGGUUUCAGGCAUGAGGACCGCGACUCGAAGAAGGCAAGCGCAUUCCGCCACAGAUCAGGUACCUGGCUAACCUCCAUACUCCAGGAGCGCAAGAAGGCUGUCAAAGAGGAGCAGAGGGAGAAGAGAAAGACAAAGAUGCCCAAACAGGAAAAGAAUAGAUUAAUGAAGAAGAGCAGUAAACGUUGA